AAAUUUCUGAAAAUAUCAAUACAAAAAAAUAGGCUGCACAUUUCAGCUGAACUUUAUACGUUAUCCUAUCGAUUAUAUUCGGAAUCGAUUUAUUGAUUAGAAUUCUCGAGUGUAUCAAGCAUGAAACUUUUGUUGACUGUUCGGUCGGCAUAGUUACCAUUUGACUCAGGUUUUAUUCGAGCCAUGUGAGUCACAUUUUGUUUCAUCGCGCAGUCAUCACUGGAAACUUCACAUUCCUUGCUGAUCUCACUCUGUCUCCUUCGAUAAUCAUCUCGCUAUGGCGAAGCAGAAUAAAACAAACACCAUCUGCGAAUGUCGAUAUGCUCUUGAAGAAGAUCCGCAAGAGACGAAAGACAAUAACAUCCCGAAUAUUCACGAGAUCGAUGAGGCAGAGAGCGAGACCGAAGAAAUGAUAGCUUUAGACCAGUUAGGUCUUUUUGUUUCGGAUGAAGGUGAUGAAGUUGUGAAGACUAAGGAUAUAUCAGACAACGAAUCCGUGUAUAUAGACGAGUCUUUCUGCUCCGACGAGUCCUGCGAUGAAGUUACAAAUGUCACGUCAGGAUCGCUGAAUACUUCGUCUCUGAUUCAUGUCACUGAUCUCCCGCUCAGCCAGAGUUCGAAGGAAAUUGGAGUUAGUGAGUCAAGCUGGAAAGACAAUUGCCAGGAUGAGUCUUAUUUGUCCAGUGAUGAAUUGCUUCGCGCUACCACAGCAGAUAGAGAUAGGUUUACCAAGUCAAGGAAGUGCAGACGGUGGAACAUGAGCUUCACCGACGAGGAAAUGCGUAAGAUCGAGCGGGAGAAUGAGCUACUGCUGAGGAAGAUUAUGGCACAACAGAAACCUCGGCACAAAAUCCUUGGCGAGGAUACCAUUCAAUCUAGGACUAGUAGUUCCGCGAUAAAUAGGAAGAAGUUGCAAAAGAAGAUAGAAAAUGAUAACAUGCUACUCCUCAGAAGGAUACAACAGGCGAAAUCUUGCGUUUUCGCAAAUACAUCGAAAAUAGGUUGUAGAUUGACCUUUUUGUAGAAUUUUUAUAAUGUUGAAAAGGAUUUUGUUUCUCGUUAUGAAACAAAAUCAACCACAUCAGCGGACUAAGAUAAUCAACUGCUACUGUAAAGAAAAAAUUGGAGUAUAAAUCAAGAAGUUAGGCCUUAUUAUUUUUUAGUAUGACUCCUAAGUGGUCGCCGCAGCUCUAUUAGAUCGUGCUGUCAUAAGCGAGAAAUGACAUUGAAAUUUCUUACAUGCCAUUUGUAAAUAAAGAGUUUGAGUGAAACAAGAUAAUGAGAUCGCUUUAAAAUACUUAUAAAAAUGAGCCCAAGCUAUGUCUCUCAUGAUAGUAAAUAAGUGUAAAAGACAAAAGAAGUAAAAAUACGUGUAAGAUUUUAAAUCUGUUUUUAUUUUAUGUGCCUUUUACGACUAUUUACUGAUUCGGGGGAGGAGGAGGGCAGAUAAUUAUGCAAGAAACUUCAACGUCUCAUUUCUUAUGCUCUCACAAUUCAAUAUGAUCACGGAGACUAGUUGGGAGCUUUAAAUAUAAUAUUUAUGUAAAUGUCAGUUUUGAAACAACUUACAAUGAAUUUCGACUCAAUAAAGAAAAAUCCUCUGUAAAGUUCGUACUUUCUCGAAUACAAAACAUUAUGCUUU